AUGCCCACAUUAGUGCUCGCUAAUACUGCCAUUGAGAAGCUUUGCAGCGAAUUCGAUGCAGCAGUGCCAUAUAAACAGCAUAUCACCAGCUCUCUUGAACAGGGACGAAAUUUCCCCCCAAGUAAUACGGAAACUGAAAUGCAUGAGAGCACUAUGGAAGAGGACGAGAAUGGCUUGGAAGAAAACAAUAAUUUGCGUCUGACCUACUUUCAACAGUCGAGGAAUAUCCAUCAGGCGUUCGAACCUCAGGAGGGCAUGGUGGUUGUUACAGAAUAUGAUACGACACCCGCCACGCUGCAGCCCAACACCCUCCCAAUGGACGAAGACAACCACCAGCUCCACGAGUUGCAUGACCAACCGCAGCCAAACCCUUCAUCGUUCUAUAUAUCGGAAUCAAUUAGAUCCCCACUUUUCACUUUCCCAUGUGGUCAGAUCCAGCAGCCGCCUUCUAUACAGGUAUCUCGAUAG